UGUGCCAGUACGCUGUAUUGCUCUCUCCUUUUCCAUCUCCUCUUCCACUCAGGCCGGACGCAGUCUACCCCACGCCGUUCGUCUAAUAUCCUAAGAUGAAUGUAGAGAAGCUUCAAAGGAUGGCUGGUUCUGUCAGGACAGGUGGCAAGGGAACCGUGAGAAGAAAGAAGAAGGCAGUUCACAAGACAAAUACAACUGAUGACAAAAGGCUUCAAAGCACACUUAAGAGAAUAGGUGUGAAUUCCAUUCCUGCCAUAGAAGAGUUGAACAUAUUCAAGGAAGAUGAAGUGAUCCAAUUCAUUAAUCCCAAAGUCCAGGCUUCAAUUGCUGCCAAUACUUGGGUUGUCAGCGGGUCCCCUCAGACUAAGAAAUUGCAGGACAUCCUACCCCAGAUUAUUAACCAAUUAGGUCCUGAUAACCUGGAGAACUUGAAAAAGUUGGCAGAACACUUCCAAAAACAACCUAUCCCAGGUACCGGCGCAGCUGCUACUGAAGAAGACGAUGAUGAUGUGCCUGAGCUAGUAGAAGGUGAAACCUUCGAAGAAGCUGCUGCAGUUGAGGAUCAUUAAUAAAACUUGACUAGUUUUUGUGUGAUUGGAGUACUUUAAUUUAUUAUCUAUGCUUCACCGUUGUUUAUUUAAACAAUCUUUGAACUCUACAAGUUUUGAAUUCACUUUACCAUGUGCCCAAUUGUUGUUCUGUAUAAUUUGUAUUGUGCGUCAUAGAAAGUGAAGAAUGAAGUUGGUGAUUAAGUUAUUCACAACAUGGUUUAAUGUGAAGUUUAUGAAGAACGGAACAACUAUUGGGAAAAAUGGAAACAAAGAAGCUAAAUCAAGAAAUGAAAUGAUG